CCUCAUGCUUGACAAGAAGUAGAAACGUAAAGUGUGAGAAUGACUUCGUUGUUGAAGGUUAUGUACGCCAGGAGGAUACUGGCAGCAUGUGUACGUCAACAUUCAUCCCUUACAACUGAACUGAUUGAAAACAUGGAUAAGAAGGCGACCUGGGACCGCUUUUAUGCCGAAAACAACAGGACAUCCAGCUUUAAGAACUUUGAGUGGUUCUUUGGCUUCGAUUCUGUCCGACACAUCAUCCUGCCCUAUUUGCAGACCAUGUCCCACAACAGUGAACUGCUUCGAGUCCUGGAUAUGGGCUGUGGCACUUCUGCUUUGGGGCCCUGUAUAUACAAAGACUCUCCUUUCCCUGUCAAGGUGACAUGUGCUGACAUUUCUCCUGUAGCUGUGCACCUAAUGCAAGAACACAUCAGAGCCAAGGCUAUUCAACCUCAAAAUCUUUCUUCUCAGCUGGAGUUUAUUGAGCUGGACUGCACACAACUCCACAGUCACUAUGGUUGUAGCAGUGUUGACCUUAUAGUUGAUAAAGGCACCAUAGACGCCUUGUUGAGGUCUAAGGAGGGGAAAGAUAAGGCCUGCCUGGUGCUGAAGCAGUGUAUGAAGGUUCUGCGGAGGUCAGGGUCUCUGCUCCAGUUCUCUGAUGAGGACCCAGAUGCCAGGCUGUUGUGGCUGGAGACUGAAGCACAGGAGCAGGGAGUGAUGUCAGCCAAUGUGGGAGUACAGGAGGUUGGAGACUUAAGAGGAAUAUUAUACUACUGCUAUCAAGUGACUCCUCACCCUACUGUUCAUUAAUAACUGCUGCUUGUGCCUCUGGAUGACCUGAAUGUUCUUCAUUUGAAAUUAAUUGUUGAAUAUAUGUAAAUAUUGGAUGUGAUUGUCAAUACAUUAAUUUACAUAUAAGGUAGACCUGUGCAUAUCAAUUCAAUUUUCAAGUACUCAUUUUUUAGAUUAACUGUGAGGCAACAUUUACUUUUAGAUGUAGAAUGGCCAGUUUACUGCUCUCAUUACUAGUUAUCUACUGCCAUCUUGUGGCUUGCAGACAUACUACCUACUACAUUUAGUAAACCAUGAGGAAAGUGCAAUGUAUCAGCAAGGUAAGGAGAAGCAGUAAAAUGGUAAGUCUUUUAGCAUUGUAUGCUAUGUUCAUUGGUUCGUGGUGGUGCAUCAAUGUGUAUAUUGCAUUUUGCUACUGUAGAUGUUUCAGGUUGACUUAAUUUAACUUCUGACAUACUAUGUAGUAGUAUAAUCUACAGCAAUGCAUCAUAAUUCCACAGGAUCAUCAUAAUAUUGCAGUCAUGUCUUAAAAAAUAAAAUUUUCCUAAACUCUGAGAAACUCCCAAUGCAUUUACCAGCUAAUCCAGAGGGUUUUAAUGAGUUUAUUCACUUUAUGAAAAUAGAAUUUUCUCAAGCCAUAAAAAAAUGUAAUCCUUCAUUUUAUCACUUCCAUUUAAAAUAAACACAUUUGGAGAUGCAUAGUUUGUAAUUAAAAGUAACAACAGACAAAUGCAGUGGAGUAAAAAGUGCACUAUUUGCUAUUUGGAUGUAGUUAAAAUUCCAUUAAAUCAGUAACACAAACCAUGACAACUAAGAG